AUGGGUGAAAGUAGAAGUCAUAUUUAUGACUCUUUCGAAGCCGAAAUAAUGAAGUACGAUGAAACCAGCGGGAGUUCCACGAAGGAGAGGAAGCCGUAUGGCCAAAAAGUAAGGAUAGAUACUUUGACAAUGAAAUCAAGGAGUCGUCAAUCGGGACAAAAAGAGUUACCGGAGAAUUGCGACAAUACAAGUGAAAAAUAUUCUACAUUGAAUAAAAAUGGCAUUUUAAAAGAGCAGCGGAGCUACCAACACAAGGAAUCAGCAGAACAACAAGCGAUACCAGCACCAAUGCCUAAAACAAAAGGUAUUUUUGGGAAUAGAAUGCUCUCUCUGUCUACAAGUUCAUUGAGUUCACUGAUUCCUGGUCUUUAUUCGUUAGGAUCAAGUUAUUCUAUGCCAUCUUUACGAAUAGGCAAUCAAGAUGAUUCAACCACAGAUGGUGGCUCCCCAGAGCCCGGGGCAUUACUAUCUCCGGAGGAAAAAGAGUCAGACGAACUUGCUCGAGAGUCGGAUGUGACUGUGUCGACAAAUAUCACUUCGCAGGCAGAAUACAAAGGAUUCGCAUCUUACGUCAUUUCAGGCAUUUUCCUUAUAAUAUGGUUGAGCUGGUCUCUUCUUCCGGAUCGUAUUCUUAAUGAUAUCGGCAUUUUUUAUUAUCCUUCGCGGUGGUGGGCACUUGCUAUACCUGCCUGGAUUCUUAUCUUGAUGAUUUAUACAUAUGUGGCCCUGGCUUUGUACAACAUUGAGCGGAAAACCAUGCCACUAGAUGAUCUUAGAACUAUUGUGGACACUUCAGGAAUAGUCGUUACCGAGGUGGAUGAACGGGCGGCUUGUGAUUGGUGGGGUUAUGAAUCUAUUAAAUCUGUCCAAUGUGAGGACGAGGCUGAGAAUGUUGGGCAUGAAGAACGAUCGACGCGUCGCAAGCAUACCUGGAAAGACCGUCCGGAGGAGAAAAUGAAGCAUGAGGGACUUGAUUACUAUGUUCACAACCCCACAAGCGGAAUUUGGGAUUUGCCGAUAACCAAGGUAAACGAUACAUUGUAUUCGGAAAAGUGA